UAUUAACACCAUUAUCCCUCACCUUCCAGAACCAACGAAAGAGGAGAAGAAGAAAGAAGAAGAAGAAGAAGAGGAGGAGAAUAAACGAGAAGAGAAGAGGAUUCCUUCUAACGAGGUCGUCCCGCAUCCGGUUAAUGGCUCUGGCUUCGCUUCCUGUCUCCAAAAUCCUUCUUCCUCUUCGUUCAGUUUCAGUCGAACCGCAGGCGACGCAGGACCGCCGUUGGGGAGGAAGACCGCAUGCGGCGACGCCCAUCACGCCCACGACGCCCAUCACGACGCCCACGACGCAUCCGAACGAGCGACUGCGGGCGUUUCGAAACCCGGAUCGAAGCCAUCGGUUGAGAAAUCGGACGAUUCGAAGAAGAUGAUGCUGGGCGCGUUCGGAAGCCCCGCCGACGACGACGUCUUCGACUUCGAGAGUCUGGAAAGCUGCGAAGUCGUGGUCGCGCCCGCGUCCGGAAGCCUCGUCGACCCUGGCUUGGGCUUCGGUUUGGGCGUAGCGUCGCAGGAGAGGCGCGGGUGGUCGCUGACGAACGAGGUUUCGGACGCGGUCUUCAACACCUCGGCGACGUCGGAGCCGUUCAGCGACGGAUUCGGACGCGGGAGGGAGAGACAAGAUGGCGCCGAAAUUGGAAUUCGAAAUGAGCCGAAAAUUUUCGACUCGAACCAAAAUUCGGCCGAAAUUUUGGCCCAAAAUUUCGAGUUGAACCAAAAUUUGGCCCAAAAUUUCGAGUCGAUCCAAAAUUUGGCCCAAAAUUUCGAGCCGAACCAAAAUUUGGCCCAAAAUUUCGAAGUGAACCAAAAUUUGGCCCAAAAUUUCGAGCCGAACCAAAAUUUGGCCCAAAAUUUCGAGCCGAACCAAAAUUUGGCCCAAAAUUUCGAGCCGAACCAAAAUUUGGCCCAAAAAUUCGACUCGGCCCAAAAUCUAGACCUUUUCGGCCUCCCUGUGGAAUGGAGCGAGAAAGAGGACGAAAGAUGGGAAGAGAGAGAGACCGGAAGAUGGCAACUACGAAUAGAGGAAGAGGCGGAGAGGAGACUAACGCCAAGGAACGAAAGGGAGAUAGAGAAAAUGGAGAAAGACCGACGAAUGGAGGAAGAGGAAGAAGGAAAAGAGAGACAAACGCCAAGGAACGAAAGGGAGAUAGAGAAAAUGGAGAAAGACCGACGAAUGGAGGAAGAGAGACAAACGCCAAGGACCGAAAGGGAGACAGAAAGAAACCGACGAAUGGAGGAAGAGGAGGAAACGCCGAGAAUCGCCUUCGAAUCGCAUUACGAAGGAGACGAAGAAACAGACGACAAUAAUCACACUUUCGCUCAUUCCUCUUACGACGAAGAGGAAGAAGAGGAAACAAAGAGGGAGAAAGAGCAGAAGAAGAAGAGGAAGAAGAGAAAAAGGAGGAAAAAGAGCGCCGAGAGAACGAAAGAGGGAAGUAAGAGAGAAAGCGAUAAUUCAGACAUAGAAGAAGACGUGUUUGAAGCGAAUAUGACUUUCAGAAUUGGCGGACAAAGGCUGAUAAAGGAGGGAGAUAGAGGAACAGUGAUAAACAUGAGAGGAAGUGAAAAUGUGAUAAAAAGAGGAGAUAGUGAAAAUGUGAUGAAAGGAGAUAGUGAAAAUGUGAUGAAAAGAGUAGAUAGUGAAACAGUGAUGAAAAGAGUAGAUAGUGAAACGGUGAUAAAGAGAGGAGAUAGUGAAACAGUGAUAAAAGGAACUAGAGAAACAGUGAUGAACGUAGGAGGAAGCGAAAUAGUGAUAAAGGAGGGAGAUAGAGAGACGGAGAUAAGCGUCAUGGAAAAAUUGGGAUUGAACGAAGAAGGAAGUGGCAGAAUGGCGCUAAACGUGGGAAUUGGAGAAAAACUGGUGAUAAUCGAAGGAGAAAUAGAAACAACGACGAUAAAAAACCUCAGAAGCGAAAGGGAAGAGGGAAAAUCGCCAAUAAACUGGGAAGAGAGACGAAGAGACGAAAGAGGAAUAGACAUAACCGCAAUAAACAUGGGAAUAGGAGAGAAAAUCACAUCCGAAGAAGAAGGAGAAACAGAGAAAGACGCAAUAAAGAAAGGAAUAACAAGAGAGACCCUGAGACCUGACCUCUCUUCCCUCCCUCGCACCAGCUCCUGCUCUGACCUCCCCCGUCACGUGACCCGAGAACACGAGAGGUCAACAGAGGUCAAAAUCCCUCGCCGCCACCGCAGUUUCAACGAGAAGGGAUUGGCCAAUCACAACAGCCAAGCUCAGCGACGUCAGAGGCCCCAGCCAAUCAGCAUCGACUUGGCGGAGGAGUUUAUGACGCAAGAGGGUUUGAAAAGUCCCGUUCUGACCAAUCAGAGCGAGGGUAGGGAGCGGUUAGCCAAUCAGAGCGAAGAUAGGGAGCGGUUAGCCAAUCAGAGCGAAGAUAGGGAGCGGUUAGCCAAUCAGAGCGCAGAUAGGGAGCGGUUAGCCAAUCAGAGCGAAGAUAGGGAGCGGUUAGCCAAUCAGAGCGAAGAUAGCGGUGGAUUAGCCAAUCAGAGAGACGUUGGGUUGGUUCUGGCCAAUAGGAACGCAGAGCUGGUGGAUUUCGCCAAUCAGCUUCCAGGAGAGUUUGAAUCAGCCAAUCAGCGUCCAGGAGAGUUUGAAUUGGCCAAUCAGCUUCAAGGAGAGUUUGAAUUAGCCAAUCAGCGUCCAGGAGAGUUUGAAUUGGCCAAUCAGCUUCCAGGAGAGUUUGAAUUAGCCAAUCAGAUCGCAGAGCAGGUGCAACUGGCCAAUCAGAACGCAGAAAACGUGCAGUUGACCAAUCAACUCGAGGUGCUGGAGAUUCUGACCAAUGAGGACGAAGCUAGCAUCAUCUGGACCAAUCAGAACGCAGAAGAGGAGGUUGUCGAAGUUAUAGCUAAUAAAUACGCAGGUGAGGAGCCCUCAGCCAAUCAUAGCGCCGAUAGCCCCGAUGACGUCACCGAUCCACGCCAAUUCCCACCCGAACGGACCAAUGGUGAAGCCCCUAGCGGUCAAACUAUGACGUCGAGGCAUCCUGACGUCACGGAUAUUAAUAGCAGUACCCGUCCUUGGCACUCCCCUCAGUUGCCCACUGACCGCCGCGGAGGGAGGAGCCACGCCGCCGCCGCUCCCGAGGUGCCCACGCGUACCCUGAGCAUAGCGAGUGCCCAAGAUAGUGCCACGCCCGUCGCCAUGCCUAAGGAGGCACCGCCCACGAGGGUCAAGACGCGAUCCUACGGGCGUGUGGAAGUGUUCGUUGCCAAAAUACCGGACGAAGUGCCCCCAAACAGGGCACCGAAUGCCCCAGUGCCCCAAAACAUGGCACCCAAUGCCCCAGUGCCACAUCACGUGACUUUCAGCCCCUCGGUGAAACAAGUGAACUGGCGAGAGAGUUAUUUCGAAGACGAGGAAGAAGAGGAAAAGGGAGGAAGGAGAGAGAGAGAAGAAGAAGAGGAGGAAAAGGGAGGAAGGAAAGAGAGAGAAGAAGAAGAAGAAGAGGAGGAAAAACAAAACCAAAAAGGAACGAACGAGGGAGAUAGGGAGCAAUGCGAAAGAAACGGAGGAGGAGGAGAAGGAGGAAGAGAAAGCGAAGGAGAAAACACGAUAACGAGAGUAAAGAUAGUGGAAAGCAGGAGCCCGAGAGUCCAGAGAGUCACGCCGCUGGACACGCCCCUUUCUGUGCAGACCACGCCUCCCUCAAGUCAAACCACGCCCCUUUCUGCACAAACCACGCCUCUUUCUGCACAAACCACGCCCCUUUCUGCACAAACCACGCCUCCCCCAAGCCAAGCUCCGCCCAUUUCAUCACAAGCCCCGCCCACUCUACCCCAAACCACGCCCCCUCCAUCCCAAGCCACGCCCCCUCCACCCCAAGUCCCGCCCCCUCCACCCCAAACCACGCCCCCUCCAUCCCAAGCCCCGCCCACUUCCACACAGACCCCGCCCACUUCCACACAGACCCCGCCCACUUCCACACAGACCCCGCCCACCCUCUGGCAGCGCCUGAAGCCCUCCCGCGGCGGUGGGGGGGCGGCGACCAAGCCCAAAAUCCCCCCAAAGCCGAAAUCCCUCACGUGUUCGUCGUCCUCUUCGCCCUUAUCGUCUCCGGAGGCCAAGAGGCCAAGCCACGCCUUCCUCCGGUGGGGCAGCAAGCGAAGAGCCAAUCAGAGCAAAGAACGCGAGGUCACCGGCUCCGCCUCCUCCUCUUCGUCGGCCAAUGAGAGGGCGUCUUCGCGUGACGAGGAGGUCUCGGCCAAUCAGAGGGCUUCUUCGCGUGACGUGAUGGUCUCGUCGGCCAAUGGGAGGGCUUCCUCGUCGGGCGGUGACGUCAUUGAUUCUCCAAGUGACGUGGUGGAUUCGUCGUCGUCGUUGUCGUCUUGUUGUGACGUCACGUCGUCCUUGACCAAUGAGGUUCUGGCGUCGCUGAGUGAUGUCACGCCUUCUCCACGUGACGUCACACCUUCCCCACGUGACGUCACGCCCUCACCUUCUCCACGUGACGUCACACCUUCCCCACGUGACGUCACACCGUCCCCACGUGACGUCACACCUUCCCCACGUGACGUCACACCUUCCCCACGUGACGUCACCGCCCAGCGCUUGCCAACCCUCCCCCCCCUCCCCCCCCAGCGCCCUAUGUCCUACCACGUCCAGAGGGCCAAGUUGGUGAACGCGAGACGGCAAUACUUCUCGAGGUCGGCGAGCUUGUCCUCGAACCCGACGUCGUCCUCGAACUCGACGUCGGCCUCGAACCUGACCUCGUCCUCGACCGCCCCCGAGGCCGUCAACGGGGGUCACGACGAGGCCGGAUUCUCUCCCCCGGGGUCCCCGGAGGAGGAGGCGCCGAGGGCGUCGAGGGUCAGCUCGCACUUGACCUCGUCCUCGACCUCCCUGACCUCCCAUCCGGGCCUGAGGUCGUCCUUGAACGCUCCGUCGACCUCCUCCUUGACUUCAACCUCGUCCCUAACAUCCCCUCCGACCUCGUCCUUGACAUCGCCCCCGAGCUCGUCCUCGACCUCGGACGCCCUGAGGUCGAGGCUCAGCGCCUUCUACUCGAGCACGAGGUCCGCGCGCGCGCGCCUGGCGGCCAGCACGCCCAAUCUGGAAACUUUAGAGCCGAGUUUGCGCAGAAGAGAUGGAGAUAUUGAUCCUUACGGCCUUAGGGAGGGGGAGGGGGGAGGGGGAAGGGGAGGAGGAGGAGGAGACGGAGGAGGGGGGGCGUCCGCUGCCAGUGUGUGCCAUGCCUCUCCCGGAGAAACACCUCCUUCGCCUGUCUCGUCCUUCAGUACCACCUCUCCGAGUCCCGGCUGUCCCCACGUCCCGUCACACUCCCACUCGACGUCCAGCGGCCCUCGGCCUUCGAGGAGGACCGCCGCUACUCUCCCUCGAGGUGCCGCCGACCCCCCGAAGGCCCUACUCGAGACCGACCUAGACACGGGACUCUCGAACCAAUGGCUUUACCUCCAGGAGACCAACCUCGACGCGUUCCAUAGGGACCUAAAUCUCAUCCUCGAAGGAAUACCGGUGCCCAGGAGCGUCGGCAAGAGGGCCAAGUCGUUGCUCCACCUCGAGGGAGGAGGAGAAGGCUCGAGGGACACCAUGGAGGACCAGAGGAACGCGCAUAUCCGCCCGCACGAGGAAUCGAGGGCGAAAAGUAUGGAGUUUUUGCUUUCCGAAGACAACAAAAUGGCUGUUCAGGUGAGUCUCCCCUUAAAAUUUUUUUUAUUUUUAUUUUUUUCGCCUAAUCUUUUCCCGUUUUCUUUUUCUUUUAAAGUAAUUGGCGUGUCUUUAUAA